UAUCCCCCGAGCACAUUCUCGUAAAUGCCAUACAUGCCAAGAACCCGCGUGACUGGUUAUCCGAUCGUUUUACUCAAGGAGGAGAACGUCUUAUCAGGAGUCGCCCCUCGCUUAACCCGUUUGGGCCGCCGGUCUCCCCAUAUCGGAGGGACUGCCAAGUCAUUCAUUCGCCAGGCGGACGAGGGGAACUUCUGCCGAAUUCAAUCCCAUCCCGAUCAUGCGACUCCCAGUCACCCUCCCCGUCUGUGGUCUGCCCGCAAUCGGACACACGCAGUCUGCUCCCAUGUCCAUGCUAUACUAUACAGUCUAUACUAUACUGACGGCCUGGUCUCCUCCGCUGGACCCGGGGAAUCGGAUCUCAAGUCCGAGAUUAAAGUUAACGUUUUGGGCCCAACCCAAAGCUUUUUCCCUGUCGGUUCCAUCGCCACUCCGGACGGAAGGGACUAACCCGCUUAGUGGCCAAAUAGUGCCCCCGUCGGCAAGGGAUUUAUCCCUUCUCCUCCCACGGAGUAGUAGAGUCUACUACGGAGUACUGCGUGCUCUCUCUCUGUCCUUCGGUGCACGACCCAAGGUUGGACGGCGUCUCCACCCCCCGGUCGCAGGAUCGGCCGCCAAGCACCCGACUAAUGCAUCUUAUUUCGGCUCUUGGGUACGGCUGUCUCCAUCCCCAUGCGCCCGCCCUGUCCUCUCGUCCCAUCCUUGCGUCGGUCGGCCUGCGCUCAUGCCUUUCCGUUUCGUGUCCUUAUUAUUAAAUCCACUAUCGUCCUUAUCUUCGGCGCUAAUCCCAGUGGCCCGUAGCCUCGCACAGCAAAUGCCUUCCCCGCAUCGGUGAUGCGACACGCCUCACCCCCGACUAAUAGACUGCGGCCUUCUCCUAUCUAUCCGCCUGUCCCGUGUGGGGGAACACCCUCCAGAUUCGAUUUCGCACCGCU